ACUCACCGUAUUCGUGACUUACAUAUAUAAAAGGACGCAUGUGAGUUCUUCUGAGUAAUAUGUACAGCUGACUAUAUAUACUUAUACGAUCGAGCUGAGUAUUUUUUUUUACUUAUUGCUGCCUGUAUAAACACAGUCAAGUGAAUGCCCCAACGAUCUAAGAUGCAGGCCGCAGAUUCAGCGUCAGUUUUGAUCCCGGUGUCCAAUUCUUCACAGCCCGACCCCCGGGACCCAGUCCCCAGCCCCCGGAACCACCGUGACAAAGGAAUGGAGGCGUACAAUUGUUUGUGUUUUUCCUUUAUCCUCGUUCUAGGGACUAUUCUUAUCAUCUUUGUUGUAGGAAUCAUAAGAGCCAGUAUGUCUACGGACGGGUACGAGCUGGGUAACAUGGUGUUUAUGGCUCUGUGUAUCGCGCUCCUUGUUAUGUUGAUUAUGACUUCUCUUGCUUGCCUUUGUAUGUGUCACAAGCACACAGCAGAUCUUGAGGGAGACCCGGGCCAACAUAGGAAUGGGUCCAGUAAAGGUGGUGCUUUUUACAUUGUGGGUUGGAACAUGAAGAUUUUAAAACAAUCAGGCAACGACUGUCCAAUAUGCUGGGAGAGAAUGGAUUCGAACAACGAACUGAAAGCAAAACUCGUCUGUCAACAUGUGUUCCAUUUCCGGUGCUGGGAGAAAUAUUCCCGGACAGCCCAGGUUCCGUCCGUCUGCUGUCCUUUGUGUCGAGCCAUACCCAUCAAAUUCCCAGGAGUGGAGCGAAUCAAGUCCGACUUUAAAAUUUUCAUUGACCGCUUCAGGUGUUUUACACCCCGCAGAAAUCCUCCCGACAGCACAGGAGUGGCGAUGAUCGAUGUUUGAUCCCCUCCCCCCAACUACCCAGAGAGAUUUUCUGUGCAACUUUAUCAAGCAGCACUGGAUGGUCAAUUCUCCAUGUCUAGUCAGGCUCUCAGAAGUACAUGUAUUUAAUUAUUGUGCAAAAUAAGAGGCUUUAGCUAUACAUACUUAGCUCUUAUUCAAGAGGACGUUGUCUUUGAUGAAAAUUUUCAACUGUAGGUUUCCAAAGAACCGCAUAUCCACCCCCACCCCCUAUGAUUUUGCCUGAAUUCAGAGGGGUCUGUAUACCGGUAUUUAUUUUAAUACUUAGUAGCAAUUGACUACUUAACGAGCUCGCAAGACUCGACAUAUGUAUUUUUUAUGGAUGUACCUUAAAUAAGGAAGCUUUGGAAACGUCCCCAAUUUAUAUCUACUGUCCCACGGAGAACACUUUGUAAGAGUGUUUACUAUAGAUUUGUUCAUUCACUGGUGCUAUAGAAUUUGAUUCGGUCUUGUUAUUCUCGCUGCUGAUUAUAAAAUACCACUGAUAUUUUACAAAAUGUAAAUAGGCAAUAUAUACAUGUAUAAAUGUACUUAUUGUACUAUGUACAUUAUAGACCGGUGGGCCUUUUUAAUGUGAUACGUACAUGAAUAUAACAGGGUAUGUAUACCUCUGUACUAUUUUUGGUGAUGAUGCAAUUCAUGACAGGCCUAUGACCUCUGUGAUAUAGAGGUCACCUAUUACUUGUUCAGAUGUUAAGGAGAUUUUUGAGUUCACGGUUGUCAUUCCAUUUAUAUUUCAGUUUACAGUUUUUAUACAUUGUUAUGAUUUUUAAUAAAUUUUUCUACUUUUCUUAAAAA